UAUAGUGCAGCACCACAUGAUUCCAGUCCCCUGGCCACCAACGAGAAAGCUGAGAGUUUGCGUCCUUCGUCCUUCCUCUCUCGCUCUCUCUCACAGUGGAAACAAGCAAACCCAGAACCACCAAACCCCUAUUCGUCAUCUUAAGGGCCAUAGCUUUCCCAUAAUUCAAAGGGGCACAACAUGGCACUCAUUUCCCAGACAAGUCAAUCAUAUUGCACCCACGCUGAAGUGUUAAGAUAUAAAGCUGGGAACAAUGUGAUAUUUAGCAAGAUAAACAAUGUGGAGGCAUCAAAAAUGAAGGAACCUCGUGCUGGUUUCUUGUUUUCAUCGUGUAAUUCUGCCAAAAAGGCACAGAUUAUGCACAUAGAUGGCCCUGGAGUUGGAUGUAAACGAGGUCAUCAAGUGAUUGUUGCUGCAAGCCCUCCUACUGAGGAUUCUGUAAUUGCUACAGAGCCAUUGACGAAAGAGGAUCUUGUAUCAUACCUUGCCUCUGGAUGCAAGCCUAAAGAAAAAUGGAGAAUAGGAACAGAACAUGAGAAGUUUGGUUUUGAGCUUGGAACUCUACGUCCUAUGACGUAUGAACAAAUUGCAGAGUUGCUGAAUGGGAUUGCUGAGAGAUUUGAUUGGGAUAAAGUAAUGGAAGGUGACAAAAUUAUAGGACUCAAACAGGGAAAGCAAAGCAUAUCAUUGGAGCCUGGGGGUCAGUUUGAGCUUAGUGGUGCACCUGUUGAAACCUUGCAUCAAACUUGUGCCGAGGUUAACUCACACCUUUAUCAGGUUAAAGCUGUUACAGAGGAAAUGGGAAUCGGAUUUCUAGGAAUUGGUUUCCAGCCUAAGUGGGGACUUAAAGACAUACCUGUAAUGCCCAAGGGAAGAUACGAGAUCAUGAAGAAUUACAUGCCCAAAGUUGGCUCGCUAGGACUUGAUAUGAUGUUUAGGACAUGCACUGUACAGGUUAAUCUGGACUUCUUUUCUGAAGUUGACAUGAUCAGGAAAUUUCGUGCUGGUCUUGCUUUGCAGCCUAUAGCAACAGCUCUAUUUGCAAAUUCACCUUUCACUGAGGGAAAGCCAAAUGGUUAUCUCAGCAAGAGGAGCCACAUUUGGACUGAUACUGAUAACAAUCGUGCCGGCAUGCUUCCUUUUGUUUUUGAUGACUCCUUUGGGUUUGAGCAGUAUGUUGAUUACGCUCUCAAUGUUCCAAUGUAUUUCGUUUAUCGGCAAAAGAAGUAUAUUGACUGUACUGGAAUGACUUUCCGGGACUUUUUGGCUGGGAAACUUCCUUGUAUCCCAGGUGAAUUGCCAACUCUCAAUGAUUGGGAGAAUCAUUUGACAACAAUAUUUCCCGAGGUCAGGCUGAAGAGAUACUUGGAGAUGAGGGGAGCUGAUGGAGGACCUUGGAGGAGGUUAUGUGCUUUGCCUGCAUUUUGGGUUGGUUUAUUAUAUGAUGAGGUUUCACUGCAAAAAGUUCUAGACAUGACAGCCGAUUGGACUGCAGAAGAAAGACAGAUGCUAAGGAAUAAGGUUCCAAAGACUGGUCUAAAGACGCCUUUUAGGGAUGGGUUACUUAGGCAUGUUGCUGAAGAUGUUGUACAGUUGGCAAAGGAUGGUUUGGAGAGGAGAGGCUUCAAGGAAUCAGGUUUCCUGAAUGAAGUGACUGAAGUAGUUAGAACAGGUGUCACACCAGCUGAGAAGCUUUUGGAGUUGUAUAACGGGAAAUGGGGACAGUCUGUAGAUCCUGUUUUUGAGGAGCUACUCUACUGAGGUGAAUUAGAUUCUUGAGACACUUUGGUGGAUCCUUUGGUGUGUAAAAACCUUUAUUUUUCGGGUUGUAAUCCUAGUUCUUAUUUCAAGCUGGUUUUAACUUGUGGUUAUAGAUUUAACAUCUUAGAGUAAUAAAUUGUGAUGUAAAUCCUCGACAGAAGGCUUCUCAUGCAUCUCAUUGAAAAUAACCAGAUCAAACUCUGGUCAUCUUAUCUCCUAAAUGCUCACAAUAAUUCGCUCACUUCGGGAAGAGCAGACAGUAAGUUGUUGAAACCUGUUCAUUGAGUUGCCAAAAUGGCAACUGAAUAAUGUUUAUAUGGUUGGUAACAAGUAUUGAUAGGUUGAUGU